AAUAAGUUGUAAAAUCCAAACUCUAUCAUAUAACGAGGUUUUUGCUGAAAUUGUUUUGAAUAGAGUCUGGCAACAAAAGUCCCUUAAAGAGUAGUAAAAAUGAAACUUGCAUCACGAGAAUCUGUAAUCCAUGUUAUGCAAGCUGCUGCAGCAUUAGGAUGUCAAUGUCCUGCUCACUCUCAAGCAUAUUCUGGCCAAGUAUCCCAAAAGUCAAGUAAAAACAACACAAGCGGGUUAAAAGAAUAUGCUGUAGAAAUGGCUUGUUCAAAUAUUCGAUAUGGAAAAGGUGUUACAGCAGAAGUUGGGAUGGAUUUCAAGAAUUUAAAGGUGAAAAGUGUUGGUGUGUUUACAGAUAAAAAUCUUCUUAACCUCCCUGCUGUAAAAGAGGCGAUAAAAUCUUUAGAGAAGCAUGGGGUGGUUUACCAAGUAUUUGAUGAUGUUCGCAUUGAGCCUACUGAUGAAAGUUUCCAAAAAGCAAUUGAUUUUUCACGCAAACAUCAGUUUGAAUCAUUUCUUGCAGUUGGUGGUGGAUCAGUUAUUGAUACAACAAAAGCAGCAAAUCUUUUAUCAUGUUACCCUGAACACAAUAUUUUAGACUUUACUAGUGCCCCAAUUGGAAAAGCAUUACCUGUUGAUAAAGUUUUGAAACCAUUGAUUGCAAUUCCAACAACUGCAGGAACAGGAAGUGAAACCACUGGUACAGCAGUAUUUGAUUACUCCCCACUUCAUGCAAAGACUGGUAUUGCAAGUCGCGCUUUGCGACCUUUACUUGGAAUUGUUGAUCCUUUGCACACAUUAACUAUGCCAUCUCGUGUGUGUGCUAACAGUGGGUUUGAUGUAUUUUGUCAUGCUUUGGAAUCUUAUACUGCGAUUCCUUAUAAUGAAAGAACACCUCGACCAGUUAACCCUAUUUUGAGACCUGCAUAUCAAGGAAGCAAUCCAAUCAGUGAUGUAUGGUCAAAACAUGCUUUAAAAAUUACUGCAAAGUUCUUAAAAAGGGCAGUGGAAAAUCCAGAUGACUUUGAAGCAAGAUCAGAAAUGCACUUAGCUAGUGUUUUUGCUGGCAUUGGAUUUGGUAAUGCUGGGUGUCAUCUUUGUCAUGGACUUUCUUAUGCAUUGUCAGGAAUGGUGAAAAAUUACAAAGCCAAAGAUUACUACGUAGAUCAUCAUUUAAUUCCCCAUGGUUUAUCAGUGAUUAUUACUGCACCUGCUGUGUUUAAUUUUACAGCUCCUGCUUGCCCAGAAAGACAUUUAGAAGCUGCAGAAAUACUUGGAGUUGAUAUAAGUAAUGCAAGAAGUUCAGAUGCUGGUGCUAUUCUUUCUGACGCGAUUCGAAAAUUUAUGCAUGAACUUAAAGUAGAUAAUGGAAUCGCAAGUCUCGGUUAUACUUCUGAAGAUAUACCACGGUUAGUUAGUGGCACAAUUCCUCAAACACGGGUUACAAAGUUAGCUCCUGGUGGUGAACCUACUCCGGAGGAAUACGCAAUGAUAUAUGAGCAAUCUUUGACAAUAUAUUAGCUUUUAAAAAUUAUUGUUUGUUUAAAUUUAUAGCAU